CGCGAUGGGAACAUAUUCGAGGCUUUAGUGGUUGGGGGGGCGCCUUUGUCCCGAUGAUAGUUGUCUCCACUCCAGUGUCUGAUUUGCUCCCAGACCAUGCAGCAACAGGAGAUGUUUGCGGGAUUCCUCCGUUCGAGGCGGGUCUCUCGGAUCAAGUGCCCUAGAGUGGAAUGUAGAAAGGGGGGGUGCAGGACUCAGGAGAGGAGUUCAUGUUGAUGAUCAUCGGGAAAUUAUAAAUACAGCUUCGACGGUAGCCUUCUGCAUGGCUGUGUUCCAGGAGGGCCUCAGUUUUUCUCUUCUUGGACAAGAUUCGAGUCGAUUCCCUAGAAAUGCAUGGCCCACUCCCAUCUGAUCUUCCCAGGUCCCGCGAAGGGUAUCACUGGACUCCUCAUGGUGGUGGUGGUUUCCAGCAAGGCCUUCCGACCCUUGCUGCGAUUCGACCUGAGACGAACGUCGGUUCGCCCCGUCAAGUUUACGAUGUCAUCGUUGUCGGUGCUGGAUACGCCGGUCUCACGGCUGCUCGCAAUGCCGCCAGAGAAGGCCUGAAUAUUCUCCUCCUUGAAGCUCGCGAUCGCAUCGGUGGUCGCUCCUGGUCCUCCAAUAUCGAUGGAUAUGCCUUUGAGCUGGGUGGAACCUGGAUCCACUGGGCCCAGCCGCAUACCUUUCGAGAAGUAUACCACUACAACAUGAAGGAUGAACUCGAGAUCUCCCAGGAUUAUACCAGGGGUGUUAAUCAUUUCCAACUCAUCACUGCCGAUGGAGUGAGGACCAUGAGCCACCUCGCUGAGGAUCAACUUUUGGAGAGUGCAGUUAAGAAGUUUGUCGACGUCGACGGCAAUCUGGGUCGCACUGUGAUGCCUUUCCCUCACACUCCGACUUAUAACCCCGACAUUGCGAAAUGGGACAAACUUUCCAUGGCGGACCGUAUCGAGCAAAUCAAAGACGACCUUACACCGGCUGAGAAAGCUGCACUGGAAGGAUUUGUUUUGCUUUGCAGCGGUGGCACCCCCGAAAACACCGGAUUUUAUGAUAUUCUUCGCUGGUGGGCCCUCGGAUUCUAUACCUACCAGGGCGUUAUCGACACAUGUUCGACAUUCAAAUUUCACUGCGGCCAAUCAGGAUUUGCGAGACGGUUCUUUGACGAGGCUGUUGCCUCCAAGAAGGUCUCGUACAUCUUUGGCUGCCCCAUUACUUCCGUAAAGGAUGACGGCAAAACCGUGCAGGUAACCGUGCAGAAUGGUGACAAGUUCAUCGCUUCGAGGCUUAUCUGCACGAUCCCUGUCAACGUUCUCGGGACCAUCAAAUUUGAUCCUCCCUUGCCAGAAGCCAAGCAACAGGCAAUCCAGGCUGGCCAGAUCAACCAGUGCUCUAAAGUGCAUGCUGAGGUUAGCGAUCGGGACCUUCGCUCGUGGAGCGCCAUCGCGCCCUACGGCAAGCUAAUUAAUGCCUUUGGAGACGGCACGACCCCUGCGGGCAAUACACACAUCGUCGCCUUUGGCGCAGAUUUGAACCCACUUCACCCUGAAGACGAUGUUGGGGCCACUAAAGCAGCAUUCGAUCACUUGGCAUCUAUGGACAUCCAACGGCUCGUUUUUCACAACUGGGCUCGUGAUGAUUAUUCCCGUGGAGCUUGGUGCAUGUUCGCGCCCGGUGUUGGAACCACGUUCUUGGAGACUCUUCGUGAGCGACAUGGUAACGUUCUUUUUGCAAACUCCGAUUGGGCUACUGGAUGGCGUGGAUUCAUCGAUGGAGCCAUCGAGGAGGGAGCCCGGGCUGCCCAGAUGGUGCAGCAGGAGCUUGUCAGUCCCUCACAGACGCAAACCAGGUUGUAGCGAAGAUAUGCCAUCGGACUUCCCCCUUUAGGAUCGUCCUUGAUCCAAGUAUGUAUGGAGUAUGCUGCAGCAUGAU